CAUAAUUUUAUUCAUACCUCACAUCUCCCAAUUCAACCCUCUAAGCUCACACGAAAAUGGCGGAAACCCCAAUCCGAUUUGGGAUUUUAGGCUGCGCUGAAAUCGCCCGUAAGGUCUCCAGAGCAAUUUCACUCGCACCAAACGCCGCGCUUUACGCCGUCGGUAGUCGAUCGCUCGAAAAAGCUACCAAAUUCGCUGCCUCCAAUGGCUUCCCUGAAUCUGCCAAAAUCUAUGGCAGCUACGACGCCGUAUUGGACGACCCUAACGUAGAUGCCGUCUACAUUCCGUUACCAACUAGCCUUCAUCUCAAAUGGGCUACACUUGCCGCCGAGAAGAAGAAGCACAUCCUGCUCGAGAAACCGGUGGCGUUAAACGUCGGUGAGUUCGAUAAAAUUAUCGAAGCUUGCGAAUCCAAUGGUGUCCAGUUGAUGGAUUCGACUAUGUGGAUGCAUAAUCCAAGGACGGCGGAGAUGAAGAAAUUUAUCUCCGAUCCUGAGAAAUUCGGCGAACUACGAUCGGUGAAUGCUAUCUUUACCUUUGCUGCUGAUUCCGACUUCCUCGAGAACGACAUCCGUGUCAAACCCGAUCUCGAUGCUCUUGGCGCACUCGGAGAUGCCGGAUGGUACUGUGUUCGAUCGAUCCUUUGGGCAAACGACUUCCAACUGCCCAAAUUCGUGAAGGCUCUCCCGGGCACCUUAUUCAACAAAGCUGGAGUUAUUAUGUCAUGUGGUGCAUCGUUACACUGGGAAGACGGUAAAGUCGCGACCUUUCAUUGCUCGUUUUUCUCAAACUUGACGAUGAAUGUAACCGUUACGGGGACGAAAGGUACUUUGCAUUUAAACGACUAUGUUAUCCCUUUCGAAGAGAAACAAGGUUCGUUCAUGACAGCGACUGAGUCGGGGUUCACUGAGUUCGUGACCGGGUGGGUGCCUUUGCCGAGUCAGCAUACGGUCAUGACGGGUCUUCCACAGGAAGCUCGUAUGGUUAGCGAGUUCUCGAGGUUGGUUAAUAGCAUCAAGAAAGAUGGUUCGGUGGGUGAGAAAAAGUGGCCGAGUUAUAGUCGGAAAACACAGUUUGUGUUGGAUGCGGUCAAGACAUCGAUCGAUAAGGAUGGUGAGUCAGUGAGUUUGAGUUGACUCGUUUAUCGACCUUCGUUUGAGGGUGAAUAAUGAAGUGACUCAUGUGGAUGGAAUAAUACCUGAAGUGAUUGUACUACUUUUAUUGCAUCAUGUAUAAGUUAUGUUCUUGUUUGA